UUCUUUGCCCUCUUUGUAGGUUUCCCUCCUCGCUGUGUGUCGGACUUGGCCAGAUGGUGGCCACAGUGGCGGUUCUCUGGGUGGGAAAGGUGCUCAGAGUAGUCAAGUUUCCUGACCUUGACAGAAACGUACCUCGAAAGACGUUUCCACUACCUCUUCUGUAUUUUGGGAACCAAAUCACGGGACUGUUCAGCACAAAGAAACUGAACUUGCCAAUGUUUACAGUUCUGAGAAGGUUCUCCAUUCUGUUUACAAUGUUUGCUGAAGGAGUUUUACUCAAGAAGACGUUUUCUUGGGGUAUUCAAAUGACCGUAUUUGCAAUGAUCAUUGGAGCCUUUGUAGCUGCCAGCUCUGACUUGGCAUUUGAUCUGGAAGGUUAUGUUUUUAUUCUGAUAAAUGAUGUCCUGACAGCAGCAAAUGGUGCAUAUGUAAAACAAAAAUUGGAUUCAAAGGAGCUGGGAAAAUACGGUCUGCUCUACUACAAUGCACUGUUCAUGAUUCUGCCCACCCUGGCCAUUGCGUAUUUCACAGGAGAUGCACAAAAGGCGGUGGAGUUCGAAGGCUGGGCUGACACCCUCUUCCUUCUGCAGUUCACCCUCUCCUGUGUGAUGGGAUUUAUCCUGAUGUACGCCACAGUGCUGUGCACUCAGUAUAACUCUGCUCUUACAACUACAAUAGUUGGCUGUAUUAAGAAUAUAUUAAUAACUUAUAUUGGAAUGGUCUUUGGUGGAGAUUAUAUUUUCACAUGGACAAACUUCAUUGGCUUAAAUAUCAGCAUCGCCGGGAGCCUGGUGUACUCCUACAUCACCUUCACUGAAGAGCAGCUGAGCAAACCGUCCGAAGCCGGGGGCAAGCUGGACGUCAAGGGGAAGGGGGCGGUGUGAGGCGAGAGGGCUGUGCCCGCGCGGGGCUUGUUUCCCGUCGGCUCUGCGUGCCGGCAGCUCCACGCGGACACUGAGGGGCCUGGUGACGGAGAAAUGCCAUUCCUUUGCACUUGUACAAUCCAAGCGUCAAUUGCUGCCUUUAAAAUUUUAUGACGAGAGAAUCCUGUAAUGGACUCGGUUUUAACCAUGUCGUUUGAAUUAAUUUAUGUCAGACUGGAAAAUGUACUGGGCUCUUUAAUUUAUUUUUCUUUUCUGCCGACAGUGGGA